UCUUAUAGGUGCAGGGUAAUAGGGGAACCUCUAACUGCUCGUUCACCCACCUCAGAAGAAGCCGGAAGAUGCAGCCACGGAUGUGGGUUUGGCUUCAUCGUUGCACAAAAGAAGCGUAAGGUCAAAAGAAUCUUCAGUCAUGAAUCCAGAAGAGCAAAUAGUGACUUGGUUGAUUUCUCUGGGGGCCGUAAAUUCCCCCAAAAUGAUAAUUGGCGACCCCGUGCAAUUCCUCAAGACAUCCCUGAAAGAUGGAGUUGCCCUGUGCAAACUGCUUCUGCGGCUUCUGCCCGGAUCUAUCGAAAAGUAUUGCCUGGAGCCCAAGACAGAAGCUGACUGCAUUGGCAAUAUCCAACAGUUUUUAAAUGGAUGUGCAGCGCUGAAAGUGGAGCUGUUUGAUGCCCACGAUCUCUACUCCGGAGAAAACUUCUCCAAGGUACUGACUGCCCUUUCUUCUCUCAACAGAGCAACUGAAGAUCCAGGCUCGACCAGGAAGCCAUGUUCUCUAACCGCCGGUGACUGCCACCCCCUGAGCCAAGCAGCAUCAACUCGGCCAUCAAGAGGGCUGCAGAGGCAGUCAAGAGUUGUGGAGAUGGCAGAAAACGGCAGUCACCAACUGGUGGUGAAGGCCCGGUUCCAGUUCAAGCAGACCAACGAAGACGAGCUGACCAUCAACAAGGGGGACAUCAUUUACGUCACCCGCACUGAGGAAGGGGGCUGGUGGGAAGGGACCCUUAACGGAAAGACGGGUUGGUUCCCCAGCAACUACGUCAGAGAAAUUAAAUCCACCGAUAAAUUGCUCUCUCCUAAGGCUUUGAAAGGGGCUGACAGUCCUCAACUUACUAAGAAUUACUACACUGUGGUGCUUCAAAAUAUUUUGGAAACGGAGCGAGAAUAUGCCAAGGAACUACAGUCACUUCUAGGAACCUACUUAAAGUCUCUCCAGUCUUAUGACAAGCUGAGUGCCAUGGAUAUAGCAUCUUUGCUCGGAAAUGUGGAGGAGAUCUGUACCUUUCAGCAGACGCUCAACCAGGCCCUUGAAGACUGUGCUAAACUUCCAGAACACCAGCAGAAAGUGGGAGGCUGCUUCCUAAAUCUGAUGCCCCAGUUUGCGUCUCUGUACCUCACUUAUUGCACUAACCACCCAUCUGCGGUCAAUGUCUUGACCCAACAUAGUGAGGAACUGGAGAAGUUCAUGGAAAGCCAAGGGAUGGCCUGCUCUGGAAUAUUGACCUUAACCACAAGCCUCAGCAAACCCUUCACACGGCUGGAUAAAUACAUUUCCCUUCUGCAGGAACUUGAGCGGCACAUGGAGGAGGCACAUCCUGACCACGAAGACGUUUUGAAAGCAGUUGCGUUCUUCAAGUCUCUUGUGUCCCAGUGCCAGGAGAUCAGAAAGAGGAAACAACUUGAACUACAGAUCCUGUCCGAAACCAUUCAAAGUUGGGAUGGUGAAGAUAUCCGGUCCAUGGGCAGCGUCCUUUAUAUGUCACAAGUCAUGGUCCAAUAUGGAGGGAAUGAGGAGAAAGAGGAAAGAUACCUCAUGUUAUUUUCAAGCGUCCUGUUGAUGCUGUCAGCCAGCCCUUGCAUGAGUGGAUUUAUGUAUAAGGGAAAGCUCCCUUUAAUAGGAAUGAUGGUGACAAAAUUAGAAGACCUGGAAGGAAGUGAGCACGCUUUUGAAAUUUCAGGGGGCAUGGGAGACCGGAUCACAGUACACUGCAGUAGCAGCCAAGAUUUGCAUGAAUGGCUUGACCACCUACAAAGGUUGACAAGAGGAACAACUUUCAGUGGUACCCUUUCCAAAACCCAAUCUUGGGGUUCCCAUUCUACUUUCAGUUCUAUUGGACAAGUCCAUGGCCCACUGGAACCACCCCAGAUCCUCAAACCUUGGACCUUGAGUUGCCUCCGCCCUGCACCUCCUCUCAGGCCCUCAGUGGCCCUCAGCUACAAAGAGCGGAUGUCCUACAUCUUAAAGGAUUCCAGCAAGAGCCCCAAGACGAUGAAAAAGUUCCUUCCCAAAAGGAAAACAGAGAGGAAAGCAUCUGAUGAGGAGUUUGUCAUUAGAAAAAGCACGGCUGCUUUGGAAGAAGAUGCUCAGAUCCUCAAGGUGAUUGAGGCGUAUUGCGCGGGGGCCAGUUUUCAGCAGAACGUCACUUCAGGUUCCCGCAAAGAUUCUGUCCCCCAGGUCCUGCUUCCAGAAGAAGAGAAAAUAAUCAUUGAGGAGGUGCGGAGCAACGGGCAGACCGUGGCAGAGGAGAAGAGUCUUGUGGAUACUGUCUAUGCACUAAAAGAUGAGGUCAAGGAACUGAAGCAGGAGAACAAACGGAUGAAGCAAUGUUUGGAAGAGGAGCUGAAGUCCAGGAAGGAUUUAGAAAAAUUGGUCCGGAGGUUAUUAAAGCAAACAGAUGAAUGUCUCCGAGAAGAAACGGGCCGUCGUUCCUCGGUGCUGGCGUGAUCCCUUCUCCCCACCCGGGGUGGUUGGCAGCCCCAUCGCAGCAUUCCCAGAAAAUGGGCUGAGUUUUCUUGUUCCCUGGCUGUUUCGUUGCGGGGGGGGGGAUGUUUUGCUGCUUCUGUUCUGUUCUUGUUGCAGAGAGAGACAGAGGAAAAGAACUGCCGUGGCUCUGGCCAACCUUCGAAAAGCCCGUGUUGCAUGCUGCUAAUUGCCAGCAAACGUUUGCUCCAAAGCGGCCGCUUGGGCCCCUUCUGAGUCACAGAAACCCGCCUGCCACUUCUGAUACCUCACCACGUCUUCUUCUUCUAGGAAUACGCCCUUGGCAAGUGAUCGGUGCCCACUCAGAGUGAAGAUUGCUGAGUGCGAGACUUUUCGAGAAAGUGUGGAAAGAGAACGCGCAUGGCCCUUUCCCCUCUCUUUUCGUUUUAAUGCAUGUUACUUAAUUUAUUGGGGGGGAGGGAAAAACAAGCACGGUUCCUUGAAUUGCCACCAAGUUAAAAGCCAAGCGAUGAUUUGCACUUCUUUUUUCAGGUAAUCAGGAAAACAAAGAGUGAGGUUUUCCCCAUUGUUGCCCUGCAGUAAUUCCCCUCCGUGGCCUUUCUAGAGAUGACGUUAUGCAAAGGGUCUCAGAGCCGGAUGGAUGUAAUUCCUCCGGGAGCCUGCUCUGGACUCGCAGCUUUCGGCUCAUGGCAAAUUAGCAUGGAUCCCUCAGUGCUGUCCCCAAGCAUUAUGCACAUGUACAGUCACAGAUUCCCAUGGUUUUAUGUUUAAUUAAGGUUGCCCGGGUUAGCUGGUUAAGCCUUGUUAGCAGAGGUAGCUGAGAAGAACCGGACCUGCCUUUUUAGCCCUUUCCCUUUCCUGAAAAGCAGAAUUUCUGUACUAAGAAGGCACCUGUGUGUGCCAUCCCCUUCAAAAAUCACAAAGCAAACUUUCCCCAGGAAUAUUUGAGUUUACAUCAGGGAAAACUAGGGAGGCAUUGCUUCGUAUGCACCUCGUUUAUUGACUGAUGCCUGCUCGUCAGCUGACCGCCUGUUUUAAACCUUUUCACUCAAAAGGACAUCUGCAGGGGACAGAGACGGUUGCGCAAAGCUUGAUUAAUGCUGGAAGAGUUUCUUUUUCUUUUUUUUAAUGUCGGAGGAUAGGUUCCGUUACGACGGAGAAAGCAAAUGCUUCAGGUGUUCACCUUUGGGUCAGGAAGACAGCGCAAACUGAAUUAUCACUUUUCCCUCUUAGAUAAUCAGGGAUGAUGGAUGGUUCAGCCUGGGUUGUUAAGAAGAGACCUUUGUCUGUGUACCAAAUGAAAAUACUAAGUUAAUGGUCACAAGAUGCAGACCAACCCGCUUUGCCUACAAUAAGUGGGCCUUGCGUGCUCUGUCGCUCUGAGGUUGGAGCUGCCUCGUAGUUCCUACGGACAGGUAGAAUUAUUUUUUGACAGAGCCCAAGAGCAAGGGUGGAAUUUGCUCAAGGAAGCCCUGUUGAAGAUAACGUUUGUGUUCCAGCUGUCAGCUGCUGGAGAGAAGAGACGCAACCGCAUUGUGUAAGGCAAAGCUCUCCUGCUGCAACAGCAGAUGCGUUUUGACGCAGCAGAAAAGGACAAGGACAAGGAUAAAGCUGAAAUGCACAGAGAGACAAACACACGCAAACUCUUGUGUUGGGAGAGUUCACGUGGAAGCUUAUUGCACAGAGACAGAGUGGAAAGGGUCUCCUAGAACAUCACACUGAAGUCUGCAGCUCCCCAACUUCUUUCAUGGAUGAUCUAUCUGGAGUUGGCCUUUUCCUGGUCACAAAACGUCUACGGUUUGCCCUUUUCUACCCACCUGGAUUCACCUUGCCAGAGAGCAAAAGCAGGCAGAAAACUGAAAAAGAGAACUUAACAGCGGUUUCUCAGGCUGUGAGAUCCUAUUUUCCCUGCUAGCUUUGCAGCUAAAAUGAAGGAACGUGCACACCAGUGAACGCAAACGCUAGCUUCAUGUUCUGUCCUACCCUCCCUUGUAGGCCUUCUUUAAAAAAGGAGAGUAUGAUAGGUUUUCCGGUUCAGUUGCAUCUUAUAAAGGAACUUCUUUAAAGUGUACAAACGAUCUAGACAAUUGGGGGGAGGGUUGGGGUUGAGGGAUGUCUUGGUGGCGUUGCAGGUACUAGCCACACAGCACUGAGCAUUGCCAGCUUCUGAGACAGACCUGGUGGCACCUCUCUCUAAACCUUCCUAAAUUCAGUGGUGGACAGGAAGAGGCAUGUCUGAACUGAAUGCAGAGAUGAUCUUCUGGGACAUCCUGGAUGAUCCCUGGGAUCUUCAAUUAUUUCUGUGCUUCCUUACUAACCGCCAGGUGCUUCCAAGGACUUGGAUCGAUGUGUGCUAAGCAGUUCCAAAACUCUGUCUGGAGCAUGCGCGUGGGUGGUUUGAAAUAUCCACAGAUCCAUCUCUCUUCAACUUUGAGGAGGCCCCAAGCAACUCCAACAUGGCAGGAGGAAGAACGUUACGCUGAGAUGCUCUCAAUAGUCAAGGAAACCACCAAAUCUCUGGGCACAAAAUAUGAAGCAUCUCUAGGUCAGAAUGUAAGGAGGAGACCUUUUCCAAGAGGAAAAAUCCUUGUUUUCCCCAGGAUUGCUAAUCCCUUCAGGUGGGGAGGGGGGAAACCCUUGGAUUUACUUGGAAAGCAUUCGUUCCACCUCUGCUUGGUCACGUUUCCUCAAGCCAAGAGAAUCACUGUGCCCCAGGCCUCCAAAAUUUGAGAAAUGCUAGCCUUAUUAUCUGAAUUCAAUAUUUGCUUUUACUAUAUGCACCAGAUGUUUGUGUGUGUGUGUGUGUGUGUUUAAGGAAAAUUAAGGCUGCAAAAACCCUAAGCCCACAUUUUUCAGAGAAGUCCCACGGAACUCAGAGAGUUUUUCAAUGAAAAUGUAUAGGAUUGUGCUGUUAAAAAACAAAAGGAAGAAUAUACAACUGUACUAAAGGAAUAGAAGCCAUGUGAACCUGAUUGGAUUAUAUAUAUAUAUAUUAUUCUAUGUAAAUAGGUUUCUGUUAAGACCCUACGUUAUUGUUUCCUUCUUUGCUUUUCAAUUUAUCUCUCGUUAUGUUUUUAUUUCCCGUCACAACAACUGAUGCAAGCAAAACCCUUUUUCUAAAAUAUUUUUAUUUUGAGCAAUUUUUAAAUUUUGGUUUUCAAGGAAAUAAAA